AUGGAUGAGAAGGAGAAGAGCAGGGGCAUUUCGCUCCGCAAAAAGAAGAAGGACCGCCCCAAGAUCAGUGCCCCCACGCAAAUCAGCGGACCGCUGCCCGAGAACCUCCAGGGCCCAGCCAUUCCAGACGAGUUUCGCCAGAAAGCACAGGCUGCAAGGGAACAAGCCGCUGCUGCCGCCGCCGCCGCUGCGGAUGGGCAGAGUCCUGGCGGUCAGCCCUUGAAUGUUCCUCGCGAACGCCCCCAGCCUCCUGCUGCUAGCGGAAAGACGUCGGACCUGGUCAAGAGGAGGUACUCAACGCGCUUCAACCAGCUGCCCAACGAAGGCCCUCCCGGCGGCCCUCCGCUUCCUGCCGUGCCCGGAAUCCCGAAGCAGUUCGCGCCUCCGCCUCCCUCUGCAGACAGCAAACCUAUCAGGACAGAUGGACACGGGAUCAAGGUGGACAUUAAGGCACUCAGGGAUCCCAGUCUCAGGCCCGAGCAGUAUGUUGCUUCACUACUAGCUGAUGCUUCGGAAGCCGACAUCCAGAGAUACCAGGAGGACUUACGCAAGGUCAAGAACCGUACCUCCUCGGACCUGCAACACAAUGUCUACCAGAACCGUACCCAGUUUAUCAAGAUUAGUAAAGAGGCGGACAAGCUCAAGGGUGAGAUGCGUACCCUUCGCGCUCUCAUGUCUGACUUGACCAGCACGUUGGGCCAGGCCACGUCGUCUAGCUCGUUGAAAUCACCCGAUACUGGAUCUUCACGCCGGAAUGCCAACCGCAGCUCCGUAGCCAACCUCGAAGCUCUUUGGAACACGCACUUGCAGACACUAUGGAAGAGGGUUGAGGGCUCGCAGAAAUUCUUGCCUGCCAUUCCCGGUCGCCACAUUGUGUACGAGUCGGGACGCUGGGUAGAGCUCAAUGCUGCUACUUGGAAGGUGCGGAGAAGGGUGCAUCUCAUUCUUCUCAACGAUCACUUGCUCGUCGCUGCCGAGAAGAAGCGCACCGAUGCGCCACCGAACUCUCGGGAAGCGAAGCAGGCACAGCAGCAUACGCAACUUGUUGCCGUUCGCUGUUGGCCACUGCAAGACGUCCAGAUGGUGGAUCUGUCGACCAAAACAAAUGCCGGGCGUGACCAAAGUGAGAAAAAGCGCGCUGCAGAUUCGAUCAACGUUCGUGUUGGAACAGAGUCUUUCACCUUUGCCAACCCGGGCAGUGACCAAGUUGAGAAGGUCACUCUGCUCUCGUCUUUCCGGAAGGCGAUGGAGGACCUGCGCAAGAACUUGGAAGCUGAAACUGAAGAAAGGAGCAAGACUAAUGACUCUGUCAACUACUACGCUACCCGAGACUUGAGCGUACUCAAGGAGCAAGACUUGCUCGAAGGGCUGGGUGAAAGUGCUUCCCAAAACCGGUCCAGCCUCUUUGUUGAUGUUGAUGGCAAGAGGCAGACGAUUCGGUGGGUCGAGAGCCAACUCGAUGAGCUGGACAUCGACAUUGCACUGCAUCGUUUCGAAGCAGCUGUGGAGAAGGUUGAUCGUCUUCGGCGAAUAUCCAAGAACAUCAAGAGCAAUGCUCUUGCACAAGAGAUCUUCCUGCACAAGGUCAAUGAACGAGCAGCGAAACUUGCAGGACUCUUGACCCGGCAGCUUCAGGAAACGCACAACUGGUCGACGGCAACAAAGAAGCACGUUGACUGGCUCAUUCAACUGGGCUUCGAGGACCGAGCGCGAGAAGCUUACCUCGAGGCUCGCGGUAGCGUUAUCAAGAAGCGGAUUAGGCAAUGCGUCUUCGACGGUGACCUUCACCAAUACAUCUAUCAGAUUUCCUUCAUCUACUUUACGCUCAUCCGCAACACGGUACUCACCUUCCAAAGCUGCUUCCAGGCCACUAUGAUGUCGGCCUGCGUCAAGUGGGCCAAGGACCACGUAGAAGACUUCAACAGCAUUCUCUCCCGCCAGCUCAGCACAAUCGACGAUGACAGCGCCAUGUGGACGGAAUGCAUGGAGCGCGCCAGGGAGCACGGAUCGAUGCUGUCGGACGUUGGGCUUGAUUUCAAGGACCUGAUUGGAAGGGGAGUUGGGUUGAGAGACUCCGGGAUCGAUUUCUCGACGGGUAGAUACGCAGAGGAUGGACCGACGGGGUUGGGGCUGAGCACUUAG